AAGAAUUGAUGAACAAGCUUCUAUUUUUCAACUUUUUCUACCUCAUUAAUGUACAAAAACUUUAAAAAUGAGCGACGAAAGGGUAAAAAAGUCCAUUGAGAGCCUCGUUGGCAAAAGUUAUGCUGAAAUCGCGUUAGAUGGAAGGCAAAGUAGAACAAACAUCUUCACACAAUUCCUCGAAAAGAAAAAACUGCCGGAAAAGGGAUUUUCAGAUGAAAUAAUUGAAGAACUGUUGAAUUAUUUGUCAUCUUUGGACAGUAACAACUUUCCCAAUACUUGCGGCGUCGGCGAACGAGAAGGAAGAGUCUACAGUAAGCUCGUAUCUCGAAUAAACUUCAAUUUUUCACACGGAAUCGGGCGUUCAGGCAGUUUGACAGAAUCUCAACCGAAAGCUGUUGGCAGUACGAUGCUCGCUCGUCUCACGGAAUGUCUUCUUUUGGAUCUCAUCAAGCUCGCGGGCGUCCCAAGUGCGCAAAAAUGCCUUCUUGUACCGAUGGCGACGGGAAUGACGCUCGUUUUAAUUUUUUUAAGUCUUCGCCAACUUCGUCCCAAGGCAAAAUUCAUUCUUUGGUCUCGAAUCGAUCAAAAAUCCUGUUUCAAGGCAAUUUCCACAGCUGGAUUUACGCCCGUAAUAAUCGACACUGUUCAAGCGGAGGACGAACUUAAAACGGAUGUUGACGAAUUUGAGAAUUUAAUUCAAGAAAUCGGCGCGGAAAACAUCGCUUGCAUUUAUUCGACGACAAGUUGCUUUGCGCCGCGUGCCUGUGACGAUUUACUCGCGUUAUCAAAGCUUGCGAGAGAUUUCGACAUUCCUCAUGUUGUUAACAACGCUUAUGGACUUCAAAGUACCUUUUUGACGCAUCAAAUUGAACAAGCCACGAAAAAGGGGAGAAUUGAUGUUUUUGUCUCGAGUGCCGAUAAGAACCUCAUGGUACCCGUGAGUGGUUGCAUCGUCGCUGGAUUCAAUGAAGAGCUGAAAAUUGAAAGAAUUGCCGAUACUUAUGCCGGGAGAGCAACGUCAGCGUCGGCUUUGAAUGUUUUUAUCACGCUUUUGUCGAUGGGAAGAGAGGAUUUUUUGCGACUCGUUAAGGAAAGGAAAGAAAAUUUUGCGUAUUUGAAGGAAAAAUUGACAAAUUUGGCGGAAAAAUAUAACGAAAAAGUGCUGCUGACCAAAAAUAAUCCGAUUUCUGUGGCUUUUACAUUGGAAAAUUUCGAAAAUGAAACGAGUAUUGGGUCAAUGUUGUUCAAACGAGGCGUUUCGGGAGCAAGAGUUGUACCAAAAAGAGAUGCUAAAGAAAUUUGUGGAUUUAAAUUCGAAGGUUGGGGAUCUCACACAAGCAACUUUAACCAAUCAUAUCUCACCGCAGCUGUCGGAAUUGGCGCCAAACGAGAAGAAAUCGACACAUUCAUCACCAAACUCGACAAAGAAAUUAAUUCUCAUCAACUCAGCAACAUCCAAAUCCUCAAUGAAAUUGAUCCUCAAGAUUUACUGCAUGAGACUGAAGAAGAUUCUUUCCAAUUUUUCGAAGUAAAAACAGAAGACGUCGACUUUACAUAUGAGACUUUUGAUGAAGACUCGGUUACAAUUUCGCAUAAACGCAAGGCAGACGAAGAAUUAUCAGCGUCGAAAAACUUCUUCAAGUGCGGAUUUUGUGAUGCAACCUUUAACAGAAAAUACAAUGCAGAAAGACAUGAGAGGAAAGUUCAUGGGAAAUUACAAACCAAAAGUCUUCCUGAUACAAUGGAAAUCAACAGGAUCGAAACCCGUUUUGAAAGCAAAAAAAAUAUACAAAAAAUAGAAUCUGCAGAUAGAAAAUUCAAGUGUCGAUAUUGUAUUGCAUCCUUUACUAAAAAAUUCAACGCAGAUCGUCACGAAAAAGAAUUUCACGGGAAGAAAUCUAACGAGAAGAAGUCUCUUGAGAAUCCGUGUGAAAAGCUUCAUGAGAUAAUUAAACGUGGAAAACCAUCUUCAAAACAAUUCAAGUGCAGAUAUUGUGAUGAAACUUUUACAAGAAAAUUUAAUCAAAAACGGCAUGAGAAUAAUUUUCACACUGUGGAAAAGUGAAUUUUUUUCCUUAAAUUAGCUUUCGGA